AUGGCGGACUACAGGCUUGUGUUCGUGCUGCAUAAGCUACUGAGUCUAUUAGGGCUACUACAGCAAAAUCUUCUGCUCCUCUCCUACUAUGACGAGCAGCAAAUGAUCGUGGACAACCACAUACGCCACAUGCUUUUAGAUCAACCGCGGAGAGCAACCAGAAGGGAAACCAGAAGGGAAACCAGAAGAAAGUUUUGGGUUAGACCUGGGAGAACCAGUAGCUGGUGGGACAACUUUGUCAAUGGCGUUGUCGUGGACAAUGAAUGGAGGGAGAACUUCCGCAUGUCUAGAACAUCUCUUGUUGCCCUGAGCGAAGAACUUCGCCCGUAUAUCGAAGGACAAAAAACAAACAUGAGGGCACCGAUUGAAACGCUCAAAAGGGUUGCGUUAACGCUUUAUUACUUGAGCAAUGGGGGAGGGCUACGGAAGACUGCGAACGCUUUCGGCGUGUCGCGAACGUCAGUGUCCGGCAUUGUCAGACAGACAUGCAAGGCGAUCGCCAUCCACCUGGGUGAAAAAUACAUAAAGCUACCUUUUACGGAGCCGGAGGCCAAGGAUCUAGUUGUGGGCUUUCAUCGUGCUCACGGACUGCCACAGUGCUUGGGAGCAGUCGACGGCACCCACGUCGAGUUCAAGCCGUCAUCAUCCUCCAUCUCCAUGGACUACGUGAACAGUAACGGCAAACCUUCCCUAAAUGUACAGGCCGUCUGUGACUACAAGUACAGAUUUAUGGAUGUCGUGAUAAAGUGGCCUGGGAGUGUGAACGACGCAAGGAUUUUUGCCAAUUCAAAGCUAAACUUCUAUUUGAAGACCGGCAAGAUCCCUGUUCUGACAAAGCAGAUUGUGGACGGCGAGGAGGCCAUACCAAUUUUUCUUCUUGGUGACUCAGCCUACCCUCUGUUGCCUUACCUGAUGAAAGGAUAUUCAAACGGUGGUUCUACACCUCAAGAACAAUACUUUGGGUUAUGUUUGUGUAGGGCACACAUGGUCAUAGACUUUGCGUUUGGACGCCUCAAGGCCAGGUUUGCUGCACUGCAAAGGCCUAUGGACAUAAACUUGAAUGACCUGCCCCAUGUCAUUUACGCCUGCUUUGUUCUGCACAAUUUCUGUGAGGCCAAUAAGGAGCCUGUGGAUGAACAAUCUGUGUUGGGAACAAUACAAGGUGACAACGACUUGCAGCCUCCUUCACAAUGCAACCACCAUCUCACUGACUGUGAUGAGGGGGAGGGAAAGAGAGUGAGGAGAGUUCUUACAAAGUACCUUGACCCUUAA